ACUGUUGUAAAAAAGAAAAACAUGAUAGGGUGUUAUUGAUUAAGAAAAAUAACCUGGUACAAAUUUGUGUUCAAAAUUUAACCAUUAGUCUAUUAAAUCGUUUAGAAUUCAGAAAUUGCAUUUGAUAGGAUCUCUUCAACGAUGUAUUCGAUGCGUAAAAUUUUAUUGUGUUUUUUGCUAUUCAAUAUCGACGGUUUAUUUUUUCCCAGAGAAAAUUUCGUUUUAGCUUUUGAAGAUCUGUUCGCGCCAAGUCUUGCUGUUCGUACUGGCAUUAAAUCAAUUAUCAAAGCUUCAUCUCAAUUACUCGGAUCUUGGAAACCGUUGACUAUUUUCACAUCUAUGGAUGAAACAAGUCUGGUUAAUCUAACGUCUAAGUCAUUCGAUAUGCGAGUUAUUACUCCUAAAACUGUGGCAACCAUUACUGGAGGUGUUUUUGGUAAAGAUAAUUACGAAUUUCAUAAGUAUUCGAUGUUUUGGAAGAUUGGCUCGUGUAACGAAACAAGUUUGCGGGCUCGAGUUUAUUAUUUCAAUUUGAAAUACAAUUCGUUCGAGAAAGCUUUAGAUCACGACGACGGAAUUAUGGUCUUGAACGUUCCAAUUGCAACUGAUGGUGAUUUUCCUAACCCGUUGUUCCAUGGGUUAUCUAAAGUUAUUAGGAAAAAAAUGAAACAACCAGGAGAUUAUUCCAAAGUUCAUUGUGCUUUAACAUACCGAUGGUUCGCUAAUUUUCGCCCCGAAAGUGUUUACACUUCUUAUAGAGCGGACUUCAACGAUGAAGAAUUUGGAAAAAAAUUCUGCGCUAGGGUUAUUAAUCUGCCUGCCGAUCCACAUUUAAACUACGUUUCGAAAGCACAGUUCAAACAAACGUUUGGCAAACUGAAGGAUAUCUCGCAGGAAGCUGUGAGUGAUGAAUUCAUUCGAGACGCGGGUGUGGCCAGGACUCCUGUGGAAAGGCAUGCUGGAAUAUGUGUUUUGAAUCUUCCAGCAUGAUUAGUGUGUUUUUAAAAUAUGUUAAUGUUUAACGAUACUUAUUUAACUACUCAUUUUCAAGAGCAGGUAAACAAUUUUUCUUUGUAAUUUGAAUCAUUUUUACGCACCUGUGAAAUUCGUUGGCUCAAUUUUACUGCUAAAUACAUACUGUAAGAGUGAAAUGGUGUACCUUUUCGUUUCUUCAAGUACGUAACUCUUUACCUUAACAUUGAUGAAUCGAGUCAGUACGCUACUUCAGGUUGUUAUCGUGUUAUUUAUGGAAAUGGAAACGGAAACGAUUCAUCAUUAAAUGUCUCAUUAAACGUACCGGUACUCGCCACUCUAUUAUAACUAUUAUAAGUUAUAUUUCCAAUAUUUUUAUACGUAUUUGAAUCAAUAACCUGAUCCGACAGGGUGCGCAGAAAU